CGUCUCAAACGACUCUAAUUAAUCCACUUCCUCUCUUUGCAUCUGCAUGCAUGAGAUGGGCCAACCAAACCGAGAAGCUUCCACGGCUCCGCCUCCGCCUCCGCGCGCGGCCAUGGCGACCCGGGGGAAGCCGGCGCCCGCGCCGCCACCGCCACCCGCACGAGCCGUGGCCAAGGCACCCCCGCGCCAACGCCAGCCCCACCCGCCGCCUCGACCGCCGCCGCCGCCGCCGCACGCGCUCCAUCGUCAGCACAAGCAGCAGGGGGGGACGACGUCGUCCGCGUGGAGCGUGGGGUACAUCAACGCCAGGCUCUCGCAGCGCACCCCGGUGCUCGGCCUCCGCCUCUGGGUCCUCGUCGCCGCCGGCGCCGCGGCGGCAUUCCUCGUCGCGCUCCUCGUUAUUAUCUGCCUCUGCCGCCGUUGCCGCCGCCGCAGCCGGAGGUGCCCCCGCCUCGCCCCGAGCCCGCACCACGGGAGCAUGAGGUCCCUCAAGUACCAGGCGCAGCAGCCAAUGCAGGAGAAGGACGUCGAGGAGGCCGUCCGCUGGCACCCGCCGCCGUUCGAGCCGCCGAUAGAGGUCAUCAAGGCGGAGCAGAAGGCACCCCUGAUCGUUGUGGAGCCAGCGAGGACGAGCGGAGAGACGGCGACGAGCAGCGGCGAGAGCACGCGCGACUGGAGCACCGAGAGUGGCGGCAGCGACGCGGAGCCUGAGGCGUCGCGGCGAGGGUGGGGCCGGCGGUACAGUCGCCGGGAGCUGGAGGAGGCCACCAACGGGUUCGCCGCCGGGAACGUGCUCGGCGAGGGCGGCUACGGUGUGGUCUACAAGGGCGUUCUCCGCGACAACACCGCCGUCGCCAUUAAGAAUCUGCACAACAACAGGGGUCAGGCAGAGAAAGAUUUCAGGGUGGAAGUCGCGACGAUUGGGCGUGUUCGGCACAAGAAUCUGGUCAGCUUGCUGGGGUAUUGUAGUGAGGGAGCUUGCAGGAUGCUUGUAUAUGAAUAUAUGGAGAACAGCAAUCUUGAUAAGUGGCUGCACCACGGUGACGAUGAAAUUAGUCCGCUGACCUGGGAUAUCAGAAUGCAUAUACUUCUGGGAACAGCUAGAGGUUUGGCCUACCUUCACGAAGGCCUGGAACCCAAGAUUGUUCACCGAGACGUCAAAUCCAGCAACAUUCUUAUCGACCGGCACUGGAACGCCAGAGUGUCAGAUUUUGGGCUGGCCAAGCUCCUGUGCUCGGAGAGAUCCUACGUUACAACUCGCGUCAUGGGAACAUUUGGGUACGUUGCGCCAGAGUACGCGAGAACUGGAAUGCUAAACGAGAGGAGCGAUGUCUACAGCUUCGGGGUGCUCAUCAUGGAGAUCAUCACAGGCAGAACUCCUGUGGAUUACACUAGGCCAACAGAAGAGGUGAACUUGGUUGAGUGGCUGAAGCUGAUGGUCGCCGAGAGGAGAGUUGAGAAGGUGGUGGACCCCAGGCUGCCGGAGAUGCCGCCACCCAAGGUGCUGAAGCGCGCCGUCCUCGCCGCGCUCCGGUGCGUCGACCCCGACGGCAGCCAGCGACCAACCAUGGGGCACGUCGUCCAUAUGCUCGAAGACGACCUCAAAUUCAGAGACGAGCUGCAGCUUGCCCGGGAUCUGUCGCCGCACGCUUCCGACAGUUACGAACACGAGCUGUAAACUUGGCGGAGUAAAUGUGUUGCGAGGCAGAGUUUGUAUGGGCUUGAAUUCUCUGGUCGUGGGAGAGGAGUACUAGAUUUUCGCAUUCAAGCUCCCAACCAGAUGAUCUUGUACAACUCGAUCUGUUAUCUUUUACGUUUGUAUUAAGGCGACGAUGGAAAUGGUUAAUCACACACAGCAGGUAUACGGCGGUAAUACUUACCAGCUUCCUUUUGUGAUGAUUAACCUAACGAUAAGUACAUUCCUGUCUUGUUGCUUUCCGAAGAAACCCCUGCUUCCUUGUUGGAUCUAGACCAGAGCUGCCGCUGUGGUGCAUACGAACGAUCACAAUUCACAUGGCGUUGUGUCGUACUGUCUCGUACAUGUCCAAUGCUUCAGAUUGUCAUUGUACCGAUCGAUCCAAGCACAGAUUGUCAUUGUACCGAUCGAUCCAAGCAAUCAAUUUCUUCUUUCCCUGUUGUACGUGGGCAAU